GCUGAAACUUAUAUGUUGGACGAUAGCCGUUUGUUGAAAUGUGGAGAAGUGACAACAAUGUCUGAUCUUCCAGAUGAUUUGGCAGAAGAGAUAUUGUCUAGGGUUCCGUUGACAUCCCUAAGUGCAGUGCGUUCCACUUGCAGAAAGUGGAAUGAUUUAUCCAAAAACCAGGUUUUUGGUAAGUCAGCAUCAACAGGAAGGAAGCAGUUUCUAGGGUUCAUGCUGAAAGAUUAUAAGGUUUGUUCGAUGAAGUUUGAUCUCCAAGGAAUUGGAAACGAAGGAGACUUCGUUGAUCCAUCUAUAACGGAAGUCAGUAUACUUGACCAAGUAGAAAUCACUCAGGUCUUUCACUGUGGAGGUUUAUUGCUAUGUGUCACCAAGGACAGGUCAAGACUUUUGGUGUGGAAUCCUUAUUUGGGGCAAACAAGGUGGAUCCAACCAAGAAACACUUUCCGAAGUGAAGACAGAUAUGCUGUUGGAUAUGACAAGAACCGUAACUACAAAAUCUUGAGGGUUUUUGGCAAGUAUGACACCAAAGGUGAAUUUGGAAGCGUCGACAAAUACCUGAUUUUUGGGUACGAAAUAUACGAUUUGAGCUCUAGUUCGUGGAAGGUUUUUAACGUCAGUCCCGACUGGAAUAUAGAUAGUUAUCAACGCGGUGUGUCUUUGAAGGGUCAUACUUAUUUUUUG